CUCAUUUUCCUUCAAUCGAUCUACACCUGAAUAUGUCAAGAAAAUGUCUCCCUUCCAAUAUCCUCGGUUACCCCCUCUAGAACUACGGCUUCUGGAACUGCAACCUGGUUUGCCAGAAGAUCCGCUUGUUGGCACCCUCUUGCAAAGGAAGCUGUCGCCUGAAGACGCUGAAAUCCCAGACUACGAGGCUCUAUCUUACUGCUGGGGCGAUCAGUCCCAUCCUCAGCGCAUCAAACUUAAGACUCCAUGGCGAAAAGUUGCCCAAAUCUCAUAUUUAUGGGCUCUUCGAUACCAUGAUCGGAAACGCAUACUAUGGUGUGACUUUAUCUGUAUCAAUCAAAAGGAUGUUGCCGAACGCUCUGCCCAAACUUAUUGUCUGGCUGGGCCCUGCAACGCCGUGGAGCUCUACGGCCAUGGAGACAAUGCUUUGGACUGUUCCUGGUAUCGGGGGGUGACUCCCAAUUUUGCCCCGACAGCGGACGGAAGCCGGCAGGAGAUCGAUUGCGAUGGGCCUCUUCCGCUAAGCCAGGAUCAGUGGCUUGCAUUGGAGCAGCUAUUGGCCGUGGACUGGUUCCGACGUCUUUGGACGCACCAGGAAGUAGCGUUGGCAAACAAAGAAACAUCGGUUAUGAGGUUAGGCGAUGAAGAAAUGCUGUGGAAUAAGUUUAUGGAAGCAGCCCUGUUCACAUGUGUGUAUACAUGGGCUGCAUCAGGGCCCUUCUUCCUUGAUCCGGCCAGGCACGUUAGAAAUAUUGAGGUGUUUAUUUAUAAGGCUUUGAGUACUGGGAGUGUUGAGGAGAGCCGCAGGAAUAAUCUCGACUGGGUUGCUCUGUUAGGGAUGACGAACCUUUACGAUUGCUUUAAUGAUCGUGAUAGGCUAUUUGCACUUCGAAGGUUACUCGAACCUGAUGCAGCCCAGACAAUCCGUGUGGACUACACAAAGUCUGCCAAGCAAAUUAUGGCUUCAGCUUCCGUCGCUCACCUGAAGCAGAGGCGCAAUCUUAGAUUUCUAGAACUCUGUAACUCGACCAUAUCUCCCAGCUGGGCUGCGGACCUACAAAGGCCUCUGGACCGCAUACAACUCUGUAGUAACGCAAGUGCAAAAUCUGCCGCUUCAGCGAGGUUGAUCAAGCCUGGUGUGCUAGAGGCAGCGGGGGUGUCCUGUGACGGGAUAUGCAGUAAGCCAUUUGAGCUGCCCAUGAAGAAGAGGUUUUACGACCCAGAGGAUCACAUCGCCAAUGAUUCAUGCCUCGAUGAGCUGAUAGCCAUGAUGACAUUUAGUUACCUAUUGGACUACAGUGCAUUCAGAACUGAAUCUCCUCCUUCGUCAGCAUUGGUCUCGCUAGAAAGUGGGCGACGGAUGAUACGGCAAUGGAUAACAGGCACCGUCAACUUGGACGAUGAUUUCCGUUUGCUGUACAAUCCCAGGAGGGUUGUAGCAACCGCUUGCACAAGAACUCGCAACGGAACCGUCGUAGGCGUCCCUUUAGAAAGCUGCGACGGCAAUAUAAUAGUCACUCUUCUCGGCAUGUCCAGCAACUUGGUUCUCCGUCCUCAACCGAGAGAUGGAUCCCACAAGGUCGUUGGACCGUGCUAUCAUCCAUGCUUUUCUAACGGCCAGGCCCUACUCGGGGACGACUUCCGCGGCUGGGAAAGAAGAUGGUGUAUGGAUAGAGGUCAUCUUGUGUUUUGGAAAGAGGGUGAGCCUCCGUGUCUAUCUGAUCCACGACUAGACGGAGUUCCGUUGCCUGCUGGAUACACUGAGCGUACAGUCGAGACGGUCGGGAAAGACACGCUUGUGUGGGUACAUGAGUACCCGUAUGAGGAUUAUAGGGAGAACAACAUAGCUUGCGAUCCAAGAAUGUCAGAGCAUGAGUUGAAGAAUAGAGGAGUACCGAUACAGAGGUUUCGGUUGAUAUAG